AUGUUAAGAGUAGUGUUUGAAAGGAAGGCCGAGACAGACAAAAGGUUGACACAAAAAUCAGGGACAUAUAAUACAUUUUUCAAUUUGCAUUUGAAGCAAUUUCUUGAAGCUUUUGACUAUGAAGUAACUGCAUCAGUUGCUGCACCUGGGAUGCACUUAAGGUCAAAUUUGAAUAUGGAUCUUGAGGUGUGUACUGAAUCUGAAUCUCUUGCAAACAUGCUCCCGAGCGGUCAUAAAAGAUUAGGUGUGUUAAAGAUCCCAAGAUUUAAGCUAUCUUUCAAGGUUGAGGCUUCUCAAAUGUUAAAGGAGAUGGGUUUGGUGUUACCAUUCAUGAAAGGAGCUUUGACAGAAUUGGUGGAAGAGAGAGCUGCGUAUCUUUCCGACAUCAUCCAGAAAUGCAUCAUUGAAGUGAACGAAGAAGGGACUAAAGCUGUUUCUGCUGCAAGGGUGCAAUUACCUACGACUGCAGGAAGAAGAACAACGAAGAAGCAGCCUCCUCCUCGUUUUGACUUUAUUGCAGACCAUCCAUUCUUGUUUCUGAUCAGAGAAAAGUAUACUGGAACUGUUCUCUUUGUUGGUCAAGUGCUCAAUCCUCUUGAUGGUUGA